GAUUUAAGCACAGGAGGGAGAAGAGCGUGGCUGUGCGCUUACAACCUGACUUAAAACAGCUGAUUUCUGCUAUUUCCAAGAACAGUUAAAUCUCCACUCACCAUGCCAGAGUUGUUGAUACACAAUGAAGGUUCCAAUGGGGCAGGAGGACUCCCCCCUUCUCCCCCGGAUCUACAGGAACGCAACUCCUUGACAGAAAUGGUCAACCGAAGGAUUGCGAGCAGGGACCCGUGGUUCUCUCUGGAAUUCUUUCCCCCAAGAACAAACAAUGGAGCUAUUAAUUUGAUAUCCAGGAUUGAACGUAUGAAGGAGGGACAGCCUCUAUUCUGUGAUAUUACGUGGCAUCCUGCGGGUGACCCUGGGAACACUCAGAAGGCCACUAGCUCCACCUGUAUGGCGGCCACCAUGGUGAACUACUGCUGUGUGGAGACCAUGCUCCACAUCACAUGUGGGCGCCAGACAGAGCAGCAAAUCAAAGCCAACCUGAAAAACGCUAAAGAUCUGGGCAUCAGGAACUUGUUGGCACUCAGGGGAGACCCACCAGAUGGCAAUGAUACCUGGACAAACCAGGAGGAUGGCUACAACUAUGCCACAGAUAUGGUUAGGCUGAUCAAACAAGAGCACGGCGACGACUUUUCUAUCUGUGUAGCAGGGUACCCCACUGGACACCCGGAGUGUACAACAUACCAGGAGGACAUACGUCAUCUGAAGGCGAAGGUGGACGCUGGAGCAGACUUCAUAAUAACACAGCUUUUCUUCAAGGCUUCAACCUUCCUACAGUUUGUCAAGGAUUGUAGGAGCAUUGGGAUCAAUUGUCCCAUCAUCCCAGGAGUUCUCCCCAUACAG